GUUCAAUCUGACGUGUACGGAUGUUUUGUUACAGUGGUCUGCUCAGUAGCCCAAGGUUUCUCUUAUUUAACAGGAAUUUUCUACCAAGAUGUCAAAGAAGUCCAAGAAGAAGAAGAAGCAGAAGAAGGAGAAGGAGACAUAUAAGUUAUCUUUUUCCUCCAGUGAGCAGUCGUCACAGAAGGAAAAGGGCACCAAGAAACGCAGUAGUGCAGAGGGGAAGCACCAUGGCAGCUGUUCUGCAGAGGAGAAACGGGGGAGAGAGAAAAGAGUUAGCCACUCCACCCCAGGGAAUAGUGCAGCAGGAAGCAGUCACAAGAAAGACAGGGAUUUCAAAAAAGCUCUUUACAGACUGGAGAGAACAACCUCGCAGGGUGCAGCGGAGGGAAAAAACGCCUGUCCUCUUACAACCCUUCCUCGGGACAGCUCUGUGAGGAAGAGUUGCCCCAGCCAGGAUGGGUCGGCUACCACCGGGGUCAAGAUCGCAGACAGGGUUUCUUCCAAACCAGUCAGCAGUCUGAGCGCGAAUAAGACCCAGUCCCAAAAUGUGGAGAAGAUCCCUACAUCCCAGGGAAGCUCCAGUAAGCCAACCGACAAGAGCCCCUCCAAAACAGCCUCGAGCAGACUGACGACCAGUCCCAGGUCCCUCAUGGCCCAGCUGAAGGAGCAGAGGAAGACGCUGGUGAAAAGGAGGUCCAGACCUGAGGAGAAGCCUGGCAUUGGGAAGGACCACACCUCCCAUGGUAGGAGCUACCAGGACCCCCAACUGUCCCUGUCACUGGCUGAAGAGAUGAGGGAGAAGAGGAGGAAGCUAGUGAAGAGGAGAUGUGAAGAAGAAAAGGAGGAUGUUUUAAAGGCUAAACGGGACAAGAGUGGAGCAAAAUCCUAUAGUCUUCCCUCUAACAACAACAACACCACCACAAAGCAGUCCUCCACCUCUACUAAAAAUGCUACCUUUGAUAAAAUCUCAACCACAGCAAGACAUAGACCUACCACCCAAAAGCAGGGGAAUGUCUCUGAUCUGUCCAAAACAUCAGCGACAUCUAAGUCCAUGUGUGCCGAGGUACAGAUGCCGCUACCCAAACCUCAGCUGCCUCUCAAUUUUAAGAUCCCAAAGAAGUCCAAACUUGUGCCACUGCCAGUUAAUCGAGCCAUCUGGGGGGGUGACCAGGAGGAUGAUAACGACAAUAAGCCCAUCAGUGCUAGAGUGAAGGUGGUGUCUCCUGCUUCUAGGCUUUCUCACCAGACAGGAAGUGCGUCCAAACUUUGGAAACCAAGGAGUGUGUCCAAACUUUGGACACCAAGGAGUGUGUCCAAAUCUUUGAACUCCAAAGACGGUGUGUCUGCUGCUGUGAACAGAAACAAGCAGCACAAAUGUGAAACGGUUCCAGAAUCUUCCAAAGUUUCUAAAGAAUUACGGCCCAGUUCAGCUCAAGAGAGGACAUCACCACCCUGUAACAUAACAACUUCCCCUGAAGACUAUAUAGAAGACUAUGAUAAUGACCAAGAGAUGCAGCUGGUGGAGGAGCUCCAUCUGGCCCGCAGUGAGAAGAGGCUGGAGCUGAAUGUGGUGGAGAUCUAUGGAGAACUCACCAGCAUGGACAUCGACCCAUCAGAGGAGGGUAUCACAUUCACACUCAGUAAAGAGGAGGAUCUUCAGCAGGAUCUGAUCGUUGUCCUGGACACCAACAUCCUUCUCAGUCACCUAGACUUUGUCAAGAAGAUGAGGUCACAUGGCCUUGGAGCUCUAGGUCUCCCCACAGUGCUCGUACCCUGGGUGGUACUACAGGAGCUAGACUCUCUGAAGAACAGGAAGAGGCUGUCCAGCUCUGUAGCCCACCUGGCCACACCUGCCGUUCAUUACAUCUACACCUGCCUGAAGAGCCAGGAGCCUCGACUCUGGGGCCAGUCCAUGCAGCAGGCCUCUCAGAGCAGCCAGGGACUCAAUGCUGAGAAUAAUGACGACAGAGUGCUGCAGUGCUGCCUGCAAUACCAGAGUCUUUACCCAGAGGGUGCUCUCAUCCUUUGCACUAAUGAUAAGAACCUGUGUAGUAAGGCCUUGCUGAGUGGGGUGAAGGCCUUCGGUAAGGCUGACCUGGUGGAGGUGGUAGACAGGCUCAAAACGCCUGGUGUCCACAACCUGACCCCCACCCAACCCCACACACAGACCCCUGUCAGCACACAGACACAAACCCUCAUCCGCACCCCGAGCCAGACCCGUGACCACCAGAAACCCAGCCCCUUCCCAGGCCGGCAGCAGAAUGAACAGAGCAGGAGCGAUGGAGGGAAAGAGAGAGAAAUGGAAGAGAAGAGAAAGAAGGCUGCAGAAGAGGCCCGGGAGCUGAGCAGCUGUGUGUCAGUACUGGAGGACUGUCUGAAAGAAGCGCUGUCUCAGGUGCUGGAGAUUGAGAUGAAGGCAGCCUAUGAAGAACUGUGGACAGAGAUCGUAUAUCUGAAACCGCCCUGGACUCUUGAAGACCUUCUGCAGUGUUUCAAGAAACACUGGAUCUCUGUCUUUGGCAACAUCGUCCCUCGAAAUCUGCAGCAAUCCCUGGAAAACCUUCACAACUUCUUUUUCUCAGGUAAGUCAGUAGAGCAUAGCUCUACACUGCUGGCUCUGUAUGAGGCUAGAGAGCUGCUGCAGGCCUUCGGCUGCAGGUCAGACUACGAUGGGCGUGUCCGACCGGCCCUCGCCUCCCUGAACACCCUGCUGCAGAGGAUACUCCCUCAGCCAGAGAAAGUCUCAGAGGAGACCCACACCAGUGACGGUGACACCCUCAUGGCGGAAGAGGAGGAGGAGGAAGAGAAACAGACCACGCCUGCUCGGGUGUCACACCAGGAAGUGUGGGUGAUGUUUGAGAGCAUCUGGAACAAUGUGUGUGGGAUCAGCUCUGCUGUGUUCGCCGCUCUCCGCUUUGACCCGGGCGCCAUAGAAACCAACCAGCCAGUAGAGGGUCCUCCCCUUCCCCAGGACGCCCUCUCCUGUCUGCACAGACUGUCUACUGCUGUCAAACAACUGCUACAGGCCUUUACCAGGGUUCUGUCAACAGACAGCUGUCUAGACGAUGCCCAGGCUCUCCUCUCCUUCAUCCACUCCAGUGAGAUUGCUGCCAUGGAGCCCAGGUUCACUGCCAAAGACCUGUUGGACUGUCUUUCACAGCAUGAGUACAGGGAGAAGCUGUGUGUGGGGGGGACCCAGUUGGCGGAGCUGAACGUCAGUCUAGAGCGCUGCGCUGAGGUCACGUCCCGGCAGGUCACACCAAGCACCUGGCCCUGAUUGGACCACAACAAGGAAGUUUGGACUAAAACAUCCUACCAGAGGCCUCAAAUUGCAUCAUAUCACAACUCAACAACUUUACAUGGAGCUGACCUAUUUAAUUCAGCACCUUUUCUGACUUAAGUUAGUUUCUUGUGUGUGGAUGUUGGUGUAGAGCAGUGGUCACCAACCGGUCGAUCAAGGCAUUCCUAGUCGAUCACCAAACAUUUCUGUAAAAAACCCAAUGAUAAAGCCUUGUGUUCCUAUUUUCUUUAUUUAUGGGCUCCUGCUUCCCAAAUGCCCCAUAGGGCUCUGGUCUAAAGUAGUGCACUAUAUAGGGAAUAGGGUGCCAUUUUGCUGUUUCUGGUGCGUCCUACAGUAGCCAUUUUGGGCCUCCAUCAGUGGGGAUAUGGAUCUUCCAAAUAUGUUGUUAUCUUCACACAGACCAGGUUUCCAUCCAACCAUUUCAUGCGGAUGAAUGACCUGAUGCAUGAAAAAAUACAUUUUUUAGAGAGCACGUGUCAAGACCAGAGUGGGCACAUUUGCUAUAGAACGCAACAGUUGAUGACAAAACCAUCAGUAGAGUUGAAAAUGUGAUGGAAACCCAUUGAACCUGUAUUUUUCAUUCGCUACAUGGAAAUUUAACCACAAACUUUAUUUUUAUGUGCACUACGUCAUCACGCACAGACUGAUGGAAACGUCUCUGCUGGGAAAAUGCAUAUAUUAUUUAAUGCAGAUUGAUGAAUAUUCACAUGAAAAUCUGUCGCAAAUUGGAUGGAAACCUAGCUACUGGAUUGGAAUGUUUACACAUACAGAAUGGCAGUUUUUUCUGACAUGUUUAAACUCUGUCAUCGUGCUACUCUCUCUGUUACUAUGACCUUUGAUUGUAGUGUGGGUUUUCACUUUCAGCUUGUCGUGCUGUUUUAAGGAGGACCUACACGAUAAACCCACAUUCUAUACAAAAAGACAUGACUGCCCACAUCCAUGAUUGAGCCAACAUCGUCUCCAUAUUCCUCAGCAUUAAGUAUUUUUUAAAUUUUCUUUGUUUAACUAGUCAGUUAAGAUCAAGUUCUUGGGUCUCCCGAGUGGCGUAGUGGUCUAAGGCGCUGUAUCACAGUGCUAGCUGUGCCACUAGAAAUUCUGGGUUCGAGUCCAGGCUCUGUCGCGACCGGGAGACACAUGGGGCGGCGAAAAAUUGGCCCAGAGUCGUCCGGGUUAGGGGAGGGUUUGGCCUGCCGGGAUGUCCUUGUCCCAUCGCGCUCCAUCAAAUAGACCAUGACAUCUCCAUGACUACCCAACAUCAUCUCCAUAUUCCUCAGCAUUCAGGAAAUAGACCAUCAUCUUAUUAUUCCUGUUGCACCAUAAGUGGUACGCCAGGUGAUGUAAUGAAUGGUGAUUGGCUGUGCUCUCCCAGGCUGUGACUUACACAGGGAGUCAGACGGUUCAACGUGACAAACUAUGCUGUCUGUUAUGGCAUCAUGGCUCUGCUGUAGGCUUAUGAUAUGACCGUCUCAGGCCUGUUAAUAUUUAUCUUGGAUGUGUUCAUUUGUAAAGAUGUAAAUAGUUAAAUUAAAGCACAUAUUUUUGUUUGAUCAACAUAAUGUACAAUUUCUUAUAACUCUUGUUAUACGAUGCAUUAAAGUUUUUGAAUUGAAUCUGA